AAAGGAAGAGAGAAUGCGAACCGAUGGCGUCUUUUUAUAUGCGUCUUCUUUAUGCAUUAAUAGAAGGAAUUCUAUCCGAUUUAACUUUUGGAAUUAAGAGAUGGGUGCCAGAUGAAACGUGGCCAUCGGAGAAUUCUUGUUCAUUUCUUUGAAAGCCAUUGCAACGCCCCAACGUUUUAUUAGGACACGACCUUCCUCUCCCUCUGAAUGCCCUCCGAUGGAUUACGACAGUAGUUGGGGGGAACCCCAGGCGGCGCCGCCCCCGGUGCACCACCACCUCUACUACGCACCGCCGCCGCCGCACCUCCACCACCCUGACGUGAUCCAGCACCACCAGCAAUCCCAGCCCUCAUCCUCCACCGCAGCCUAUUACUACCCCAACCCUAACCAUUACCCCGCCCCCCGCCACGACGCUCCCCUCCCCUCCUCUGCCCGUGCCGGAGCCCUCCGACAGCCGGCGGUGGAACCCUACGCCCUUCGCCCUCACGCUAAUCACGGGGGCUACGAUGGACUCCAUGCCGUGCCUUAUUCGUACCCGGGGGCGGUCCCACCGGCGGCGGCUGCUGGGGUUGGUGCCCCAUCGGCAUAUUACUACGGUGGUGGAGGCGAGGACCCGCAUAGCCUUGCGGUGAAGGUGGCGGUUCGGCAGUAUGGGGUCGAUCCCCACAGCUACGGACCGUGUCAAGGAGUUCAUGAAACAUUCAAAUGUCCAGAUAUGUCAAAAACUGAAAUUUUGAAGUGUUCAAGAUCUCAGGUCCUAGCAAGGUUUUCCAAUGGGUUGGAGCCAGCAGCUCCACCCCAGAUAAGACCCCUGCACCUGCAUGGUAGUGCAUCACAUCUAACCUCGAAAAAGGCAAAGAAGAAGGGCCGGAAGAAGGCCACCAAGGUUGUGCAAUCAGCUUAUUGUGAGGUCUGUAAGAUAGAGUGUAACACGCCAGAAGUUCUGAAGACCCACAAACAAGGAAAAAAACACAAGAAAACGUUGCAGAAGCUUCAGGAGUCUAUUACAGCAAAUCCUGCUAAAGCUCCAGAAGCCACAGUGGAGAGGAAGGAAAUCCCAGAUGCUGAGAAAAGCAAAACUGUAGGUGAGAAAGCCAAAAAGAAGGGAGCUCCAGUAACGGCAGGGGAGCUGGAAGCCAAAAAAAGGAGAGUUUUAGAAGGUGGGGCAGCUGCCGAGGGUGUUAAGGUUUGCACCAUUUGCAAUGUUGUGGUCAACAGUCAGAAAGUGUUUGACUACCAUAUUGCAGGGCAGAAGCAUAUUGCCAUGGUGAAAAAGCUGCAAGAAAAACAUGUUGCAGCUGCAUCAGAUAUUGUUAAGUAGUGACAUGGAUGGUUUAAACAUUACCUUCGUGCUCUCUUUAUAUGUUGUUACAAAGAUGAGAAACCAACAACCUGUAUGUUUUUUGAGCUUAGAUUUGUCCAUCAUUUCCUGGCAUUGACUUUGUUCAGCUUUUCUCUACCUUAUAUUUCAUCUUGCUCGGGUCGGUGCCUGGGUUAAUGCCAGGAAUCAAAUCUCAGCUUCUGUUUCGUUUUAUGUAAAAUUAACUUUAAUAUCUCUUUUUCUAUAUUCCUGUUGGACCUAAAUAUGGAUCUCUUCUAGAUGGUUAAUUUUGUAGAUAGAGCAUUGACUCUUUUUGUAGGAUACUGAUGUUACUAAUUUCUGCUUAUGUUUCAUAUCAUGUUAGUCCUUUGCCAUUCUUGCAUGAUAGGAAGGGGAGUAUUUCUCAGUUGCUCCUGCCUAGAGAUAUCCAAUACCCAAAUUGAGAGAGUUGCUUUGUUUCA